UCCUGGUGGUGGUGCUGGACAUGCUGGAGCUGCAGUUUCUGGAGGUGCUGGCCCUGGAGGUGCUAGUGCUGGUGUUCCAGGUACUGGAGGUGCAGGUGCUGCUGGAGGUACUAGAGGAGUCGCUCUUGUCGCUGCAGCUUUGCGAGUGGGCUGUCCGUUGGGGCAGUCCCGGUGGGGGAGCUGGUGGUACUGGUUCUGGGGGUGCUGUUGCUACUGGAGCUGGAGGUUCUGGGGAUGUGACUACUCAGCCGCAGCCAUCUGCGCUUCGUCACAUUCUCAGUCUCCCGCCUGCUGCUACUGAGUUCCUGGUUGCUGGUACUACUCCUCCGUUACUGUUCCCACCGACUGACCAGUCUCAGCAACAGCUACUGCCUGGCUCCCCGCUGCCUGCUCCUGCUUGUCACACUGAGGUGACUGCGUACCUGACUGUGCGUCGUGAGCCUGAGACUCGUGCUUCCACUCGUGAGCGUCGAGAGCCUGAAACUAGAGCUUUCGUCCCUGCUCGUGUUCGUCGUCCUCGUGCUCCGGCUGUACCGGGCACUCACAAUAUGACACUCCGUCUUUCCUCUGUUCCAUAG